AUGUCAUCACUGUUAAAAGAAGAGAUGCAGCGUGUCUUGUUCAGACCAGAAAAACAGAAACUGGUGGUGUUUAUUGAGAUUGAGGAGGAACAAAGUGGACGGCAUUUCCUCUGUGUGUCCGAAUCUAAGAGCAAACAAGUUCUGAUCUCAGUGGUGCGAUGUGAGAAAUUUCGUCCUGUCAAAAGUAAGAAAUCACGGCGUCUUGGACUGGAAGAUCAGUACAUAAGAACGGAGGUGUGGACUCUUGAAGAACUGACCAUUCUGGAUGGGAGGGAUCCUGACACGGACGACCCUUGUUUCCUGAUGCACUUCGACACGGUGCGUUCUGUAAAAGCAGUGAACUGUGCUGCAAAGUACUGCCUGGCUCGCAGUCUUGUUGCACUUAGCGACUCCCGUCAGCACACUGGACUACACGUUCGGAACUUUGACUGGACGUACAUCAAGCCGACAUCCAUAUACUCGAGCAGAGGUGACUGCAUGGUCCUAAUGCGGAUCUGCUUCUAUGCUUUCAACCUGGUGUGUCUCUCUUUGUGUCCUGUGCCUUAG